UUCCGUUUCGGCGGGUUUGUCGAAGAGUGGUCGAGUUCGCAUUUCGCAUGUCAUGUGUAGUGUUUUUCACAGUUAAUUUCAAGUGUGUAACUACUUUACUACCGACAGCUGUAUAUACGAUGUCGUCAAGGUUAAAGAGCAAAAUUAUCAACAGGUUUCAUAUAGGCGGAUUCACGUUACGCGGGGAAGCAAGUCGUUACUUGCAGGAAUUGUUGGAGUCUCAAGAUGAAGACAGGCAGAAAACAUUGUUGAAUGGCAUCGUGUCCUGGGUGCAGGGCCAGACGCUGAACUCUGCGCUCAUUGACAAGCAGACGCUCAUCAGGUGCAUCAAACAGCUUUCAGACACAGAUGACGAGCAGAAGGAGAAACUUUUCGAAGUGAUUGAUGCCUUCUCUAUUCCUUCCCUCACAUAUCAUUCAGAGAGGAAGAAGUUUUUGCCCCGUGAAUUUGUGGGACUUCCCAAACCUCGUCUCUUUGGAAAUGCAGACUCCAAAGCCCUGCUGUUUCAGGAGAGGUACAAAUUGGUGCACCAGAGGACCAUUAGGCACCCUCUGUUCUCUGGAGCCGAUUCUCUCAGCAGGGAAGGUACCUUUACCUUACGUCCUGUGGAACAUCUCCUCGGUACAGCUGGAGGAGACAAGAAGGUUGUGGUCCUCGGAAUGAUUACCCAGCUCACAGAGGGAAAAUACCACUUGGAGGAUACCAGUGGUUCAGUUGAGAUUGACUUGUCUAAAGCUAGUUUCACUGGUGGUCUGUUCACUGAAAACUGCUUUGUGCUGGCAGAAGGACAGUAUGACGAUGGUGUGUUCCAUGUGCAGACGAUUGGACUUCCUCCAGCGGAAAGUGGAAUGUCUACUCAAAAAUACUUUGGCAGUAUCAACUUUUUCGGUGGCACUCGUGACCGUAGUGCAAGGCUAUCCGCUGAACUUCGUCAUGCAGAAGAAAUGCACCAGGAUGCCAUGCUUGUGUUCAUUUCUGAUUUGUGGCUGGAUCAACACAAGGUGUUUGAGAAGCUACGGGUGUUAUUUGCCGGCUACUCCAUGAUGCCUCCAACUUGUUUCGUUCUCUGCGGGAAUUUUCUGUCUCGACCAACAGGACGUAACGACAGCCUAGUGCUCAAAGAGUGCAUAAGCAAGUUGGCGAGCCUAAUUGGAGAGUUUCCAUCUCUGACCGAGAAGUCGUACUUCGUCUUUGUGCCCGGUCCAGCAGAUCCAGGCCUCCCAAACAUCUUGCCGAGGCCAGGGCUCCCAAGGGUAAUAAUGGACGAGUUCUGCCGACAAGUGCCACAGACGGUUGCAGCCAGCAAUCCCUGCCGCAUUCGUUACGGCACCCAGGAGAUAGUGGUCUUCCGUGAAGAUGCAUUGGCUAAGGCAUGCCGAAAUGCUGUUCAUCUGCCUUGGGAGCAGGAGAGUACCGUAGACCUUCCGAAGCUAUAUACUAAGACCCUGGCUUCCAAUUCUCACCUGGUUCCCCUCCCCCUGGCUGUGAGCCCCGUCUACUGGGACUGGGAUUUUGCACUGUGGCUCAACCCCCUGCCUGACGUAGUUGUGUGUGCCGACAAGCAUGACUCCUAUGCCAUCCACCACUCUGAAUGCCUCUUCUUUAAUCCGGGCUCCUUUCCACGAUCCGACUUUUCUUUCAAAGUGUAUCUGCCUGCAUCCAAGACUUUGGAGGACAGCCAAAUUUCGGAAGAACCUUCUUGAUGAACAGUAUUGCCCUGUUUUAAGAACACUUGUAAAUAUACAUUAAAAUGCUCUAUUACAGAUUUCA